UGAACCAGGAUUGGGUCAUAUUUCAAACUGGAUUCCGCUUCCUGAGAUGCGAACAGGAUCUUUUGCCUCAAAUCAAGACAACGAACGAGGAAGCUUUGUGGGGUCUCCUUGCUAUUCUGUACUUCUGAGCAUGACCGGUCGAGAUGGCACUGGAUGCAGGGACUGGCCAUAUUUUAAGGCGCGUGCGAUUGAAGCAGUCUCCUAAACCGCGCGCGCUGCUGACGGGAGAGCUCAGCGCCAAGAUAUAAGCAUUUUUGACCCAUUUUGGACAACUUUAAAUUUCAGGAUUUAAAAUGACAGUGAAAAUCCUAGAGCUCAAUUCAACGAUCUCUUCUGAAUCAAUCAAUCAAAAUUUGAUGGAUUCAAGCCCUCCUGUUCCAUCUCCUGGUGCCAAUAUCACCUAUGUGGACUUCUACCUUCAUGACAGCUUUGUGUCCUUAAUUUUCAUUGUGUCCUAUCUUCUCAUCUUUAUUGUGUGUAUGGUUGGUAAUGGAUUGGUGUGCUUUAUUGUACUGAGGAGCAAACAUAUGCGAACUGUCACCAACCUGUUCAUUCUCAACCUGGCCAUUAGUGAUCUGCUUGUUGGAUUUUUCUGCAUGCCCACCACUUUAGUAGAUAACAUCAUUACAGGGUGGCCAUUUGGAAGUUUGGUCUGCAAACUGAGUGGAAUGGUACAAGGAAUAUCUGUGUCUGCUUCUGUCUUCACACUGGUAGCCAUUGCAGUGGACAGAUUCCGCUGCAUUGUUUACCCCUUCAAGCAAAAGCUGACAAUUUCCACCUCCACUAUUACAAUCGCAGUGAUUUGGGUAUUGGCCAUUAGCAUUAUGUGUCCAUCAGGUUUCAUGCUACAGGUCACGGAAGAAAGACAUAUUUCGAUUUUAUUAGGGGAUGGCAGUUCUACACAGUCAUUCUACUGGUGCCAUGAAAACUGGCCCAACAAGAAAAUGCGCAAAAUAUAUACUACUGUGCUGUUUGCGAAUAUCUAUAUAGGUCCACUUACUCUCAUUGUCAUUAUGUAUGCCCGCAUUGGACUCACACUCUUCAAGACAGCCACUCCCACUCAUGCAAGCCAAGAUUCUGCUUCCAGCAUUGGCUCUGACUUCAGAAAUCCAGGUGGCUAUGAAACUCGUCAGAUUGCAUCACAGAAAAAGAAACGGGUGCUUAAGAUGUUACUGCUUGUUGCACUGCUGUUCAUCUUGUCCUGGUUGCCUUUAUGGACCCUAAUGAUGCUGAGUGAUUAUGCCAGCCUAAAUGAGUUCCAGCACCGGGUAAUAAACAUCUACAUCUACCCUUUGGCCCACUGGUUGGCCUUUUCCAACAGCAGCAUCAAUCCUAUCAUUUAUGGCUUCUUUAAUGAAAAUUUCCGAAGGGGAUUCCAAGCUGCUUUUAAACUUCAGCUUUUUUCAUUGCAUCACAACAGAAGUAGGAUUUACUUGCACUGUGUGCAGGAGAAUGCUGUCCAGCCAAGAAAUAUUAAUUUGGCACCAGGGCCUGUGUCUGGAGGUGAAGGUCCAAGUCAAGGAAUGGUAAUUUCCAAAACAUUAAUAAAGAGCAAUGAAAAAAGCUUGGUUAAAAACAGACAAUUUUCAGGAAAGCCAAACCUAAAAGGGCAAAAAAAUAUCUUGGAAAAUCAAGAAAAGUUUUCUACCAUAAAAGAGUAAAUACUGUAUGGAAUUGUAAGUCUUUGAAAUCAAUUGUUAAUAUAAUUUUUUUUAUCCAAUAUAAAUAUAAAAUAAAUGUCUGUAUAGGGCAACAAAAGGGACAAUUAAGUGUUACUAAAAAGAAACUAAUUUAAAACUAAUUAGGUUAUUUAGCAACAGGUCAGUAAAAUGUUUGGGUGUAAAAGGUCUCUCAGAAGAUGGACAGAGUAUCAUCAAUCUGCAAAAAGGUGCAUCUACAAGUUGGGGAAAAUUGCAAAGAGUAUCUUAUUAUCUACAGUAAAUAAUAUUAUUAAAAGUUUCAGAGUAUUUGGAGAAAUUUAGCAAAUGGACACGAUCAAAAUUUGACAUAUUGCCACUGGCUUGUUCAUCAGGAACAAACUUACACUUAUAAAGAACAUCAUAUUCAUUUUUAUCACCACAUUAUCUGUGUAAAGCUGCUUUGAGACAAUGUUUAUUGUUAAAAGUGCUAUACAGAUAAAAAUAAAUUUAAUUGAAUUGAAUAUUGGCUGGCCGUGAUCUUCAGGCCCUCAGGUGACUUUGAUUUAAAACAGACAUGAUUUUGUAUUGCAAUCACUGUCUGUUAACACAGUUUGCUGUGCCAUUCACAAAUGCAGGUUAAAGCUCUAUCAGGCAGAGAAGAAGUCAUAUGUGAAUGUUAUUCAGAAUUGCUGUCAUCUUCUUUGGGCCAAAGCUCAUUUAAAACUGACUCAGCCACAGUGGAAAAAUGUUCUGUUUUCAGUCCUGCAAAGCCUGCAACUCUGAUAAUAUAGGGGUGCAUUAGUUCCUAUGAAAUGGGCAUCUUGCACAUCUGGAAAGGCACCAUUAAUGCAGAAAGUUAUAUACAGGUUUUACAAGAACAUGUGUCUCCAUUCAGAGGAAAAUUGUUUCAGGGAAGUCCUUGCAUGUUCAACCAGACAAUGCCAAACACCUAUUACAAAAUUGUGGCUUCCUAGUAGAAGAUUUGAACUACACUGACUGCAGUCCACGCUUUCCCCAUAUGAAAUAAUUUGGCAUAUCAUGAACCAAAAAAUAUGUCAGAGAAGCCCCUGGACAGCAGCUUGAAUUCUGUAUCAGACUCAAAUGGGACAACAUUUCUGUCCCAAGACUACAGCAACUGAUCUCCUCAUUAUGCCAUUAUGUAUAUGGAUGUGCUGCGAGUAGUGGAAUGUGCUUGGAGUAGUGGAAGCCAGGCUAAGAGAAGAGGUGACCAUCUGGGAGCAACAGUAUGGUUUCAUGCCAAGGAAGAGCAAUAUUUACUUUGAGAAUGUUGAUGAAGAAGUAUAGAGAAGGUCAGAGGGAGUUGCAUUGUUUGUUUGUGGAUUUAGAUAAAUUGUACAACAGGGUGACAAGAAAGGAGUUAUGGUAUUGUAUAAGGAAGUCAGGUGUGUCAGAGAAGUAUUUGAGGGUUGUGCAGAACAUGUAUGAGAACAGUAGUUAAGUGUGCAUUAGGAAAAACAGAAGGGUUUAAGUUGAAGGUGAGACUGCAUCAAGGAUAGGCUUUAAGCUCAUUUCCUGUUUGCAGUGGUGAUGGACAGGUUGACGGAUGAGGUCAGAUAUUGUGAUUUGUGGUGAGAUUUUCUCUUUUUUUUUUUUUUUUUGCAUUUUCAGUUUAGUCUACAAAUCUUCAGAUUUGGGAUCUAUAAGAUUUUGUAAAGAGAUUGUCAUGGUCAGGUUGAUUGGCUAAGCUUAUUUAUAGCUCAGGUACACACACAAUAUUCUCCUAAUUAUGACAUUGUCCAAUCAGAAGUUUCAAAAAGUUAUAACUGAAAUGUAUGUAAACUAUGAAACUGUUUUCAGAAACCAGAAUGAUACAGCUAUAGACAGAGAAAGUGUAUGUGUGUAUGUCUAUACAUGUUCAGAGUUUGAGUAUGCAUGUUAACUAUGUGUUAAACAGGUACUGUUACAUAUUAUUCGGAUAUCUAAUAUAUUAUAAUGUGCUCUCAGUAUUUCCUCAAUAAAUAUAUAUUAAGAUAA